AUGCCGGCUGAAAGAGAGGAAGGGAGAGCCUACGCACCCGUGACUACUGAACCCGAGCUGGAAAUCCUCUUGGAGAACUCAUCCAAGGUGGAAAGGUGGCCUGGGAGCUGUGGUGCUUGUGGUUGUGCCUGUGGUCGACCCCCAUUCUGGAUCCCUGCCACUGGUGCUGUGGUUGUUUUGCCAGCUGAAAAGGGUGUGGCGCCCAAAUACUCAUCCACGAAGCGUCCAUGCAGUGGCAUUGAGGAUAUGGUAUGUAGUGAGGCGCUGAAGCCUGCAGAUGUGAUCCUGCGCAUAGGCGACGUUUUCGUCCACAGUGUCCAGAGCAUGGAGCAGGUGAUUAAGUCCGCAAAGCGUGGCAAUCAGCUGGACUUGGUGGUUCUGAGACCGCGUGGAGUGGGAGAAUACAAGUGCUCCAGUGACCACAAGGUGCAGAAAAUGGUACCGUGUGACUUGGACAUGGGGAAGGCGCUGCAGACCCACAAGGAGGUGAAGAUAGUGCUGACUGUACAGUGA